AUGGACCCUAACUCUGCAGAAGACUGUGAUGAAGAAAAUACAGGAAGUAAGUCUAAACAACGACUGAAGAAAAAGAAUUACCAAAGAUACCCUAAGCCACCUUAUUCUUAUCUUGCUCUCAUAACCAUUGCAAUCCUUAACUCUCCAGAAAAGAGACUGAAGUUAUCCCAGAUUCUCCAUGAGAUCAGUGUCAUGUUUCCAUUUUUCAAAGGGAAUUACAAAGGCUGGAAAGAUUCUGUCAGGCACAACUUGUCUCAAAAUGACUGCUUUAUCAAAGUUUUGAAUGAUCCUAAAAGGCCACAAGGAAAAGGAAACUACUGGACAGUCGAUGUUACUCGCAUCCCACCUGAAGCAUUAAAAAGGCAAAACACCUCUGUCUCAAGACAGGAUGGGAAGAGCUUUGCAGCUAAUUCUACUGCAUAUAUCCAGGGUGGGAUUUUGGGUCUUGCAUCUUCUGAUGAAAGCAGCAAAUUGGAACAAGUGUUGGAAGCUCCUGGCCCUUCAACUGCAUUUCCACAGCAUGGUGACAGCAGGCUAGAGAAUUCCUUCUCCAUUGAAACAUUGUGGAACAGUUUGGAAGCUUCUGCGUCUGAAAAGGACAAGAGCUACUCUGGGCCCUCUGGAUACUGCCCAGAAAAGUCCUCAAAUGAAGAUCCUACCCAACAAAGAUUGGAAUUGAACUCCUGGCAUCAUCAACCGGUCGUGUCUGAGAAUGCUCAGUGCUCCUUAUCACUCUCUUCCUCACCAAGGGCCAAUCACAGUGUCCAGUUUCACUCACCCUUAAGCACUUCGACUUCCAGUCCUUCCUCCAUUGAGGAUGACUCCAAUAUUUCCCAACAAGAAUCCCCAAGUAGACAAGAAUCAAAGCGCCCGAGAUUAUCUGUGGGGUAUGGCACAUCCACUCCUGUUUACUUCUGGGACAAUCCUUGCUCCAGCUAUCCAGAGUCAGCGCUUUCAGUAAGGCCCUAUAUGUACUGGGAGUUACCAACUUCUUACACUAAAUAUACCCCUCCAAAUGUAACACUGCCACCCAGCAUGAGUUUGCCGUAUUCCACAUUCUUCCCAUACAAUAAUCCAUCAGGCUUAUUGCUCUAUCCAUACAGGCCAACCCAAUUCUUAAGCAGGCCGAACUGGCCUUUUCUCCCUGGUCCAUGUUCUGUGCCAUCAUUGCGACCAUCACCUGUGUUGGAUUUGGACAGAAUGUUUCAAGUUGUCCCACCAAAUAAAAGUGUCUUUGAUGUCAUGUUCUGUCCUGCUGGUGCUAUUGGCUCUGCAGUGCCACCUGGUGCCAACAGUCUAAUGAGAGCUCAAUACAUGCCAUUUGAUUACUGA